CCCUCCUCUCGCGAGGCCGCCCAGCAUCGCUGCUGCUGCAGUGCCUAUAAAGCGGCGAGGCGCGGAGUUGCGGCAAGGUCGCGCAGCAUCACGGCGAACGCCAGCCACGGAACGCUCGCUUCGCGGAGAUCGUUAGCGUCCUCUGGAGCGCGUCGGAUAUUCCCUCGCACGCGGUCAGCCGCCGGGAGUCGUUGGCCGGACGCACGCGUCGCUGUUCUCCGUUUGCAUCCGCAUGUGCGCGUCGCGCUGCGGGAAGCGCGGCGCGUUGUUUUAGUCUUCCUGCGGCAUCAGCGUUCCCCCCGACGCACUUCACCGGACACUAUCGGCUCUGAGGAGGCUCUUCUGUCAUGUCGGCGUCACCUCCGCCCCCCGCCGCCGCCGCGAGCGACCAUCUCUCCGCGCCCGAGCCUGACGCGCUCAAGCCCGCCGGACCCACGCCGAGCCAGAGCCGCUUCCAGGUGGACCUGGUGUCGGAGUGCGCCGCUUCGGACUCCUCCCCGCCCGAGUACUCCGCCGAGCCGCCCCGGGACCCCGCGUCCGGCGGCGAGGAAGCCAAGGGCCGGUUUCGCGUCGUGAACUUCUUGGCCUCGAGUCCGGACGCGGCGCCGGCGGACAGCGCGCAGAACGGGGACACGGUGAUGAGCGAGGGCAGCCUGCAGUCGUCCACCGGCGGCCAGCAGCACCACCACUACGACACGCACACUAACACCUACUACCUCCGCACCUUCGGACACAACACCAUCGACGCCGUGCCCAACAUCGACUUCUACCGGCAGACCGCGGCGCCGCUGGGCGAGAAGCUCAUCAGACCCACCCUCUCGGAGCUGCACGACGAGCUGGACAAGGAGCCCUUCGAGGAUGGCUUCGCUAACGGCGAGGAGCUGACUCCUGCAGAGGAGGCCGCGGCUAAAGAAGCCUCCGAGUCUAAAGGAGUGGUGAAGUUCGGCUGGAUCAAAGGAGUGCUGGUGCGCUGCAUGUUAAACAUAUGGGGUGUGAUGCUCUUCAUUCGAAUGACAUGGAUCGUGGGCCAGGCUGGAAUUGCGUAUUCCUGCAUCAUUGUUGUUAUGGCCACUGUUGUGACUACCAUCACGGGCUGCUCGACCUCAGCGAUCGCCACCAAUGGCUUUGUACGAGGAGGUGGGGCGUAUUAUUUAAUAUCUCGAAGUUUGGGCCCGGAGUUCGGCGGCUCCAUCGGUCUGAUUUUUGCCUUUGCCAACGCUGUGGCCGUGGCCAUGUACGUCGUGGGCUUUGCAGAAACUGUAGUUGAGCUGCUCGUUAGUUCUGGUGCGCUCAUGCUCGAUCAGAUCAAUGACGUCAGGAUCAUCGGAACCAUUACGGUCAUCCUGCUGCUCGGCAUCUCGGUGGCUGGAAUGGAGUGGGAGGCCAAGGCUCAAAUAUUCCUCCUGUUCAUUUUGGUCACCGCCAUCUUUAACUACUUCAUUGGGACCUUCAUCCCUGUCGAGACCAAGGAGAAGUUUGGCUUCUUCAGCUAUGAUGUGGGCAUCUUGGCAGAUAACUUUGGCCCAGACUUUCGAGGGCAGACGUUUUUCUCCGUUUUUUCCAUCUUCUUCCCAGCUGCCACGGGCAUUUUGGCUGGAGCCAACAUCUCAGGAGAUCUAGCAGAUCCUCAAAUGGCCAUCCCAAAAGGAACGUUAUUGGCUAUCCUCAUAACGGGCGUGGUGUAUAUGGGUGUGGCCAUUUCCGCAGGUGCUUGCAUCGUGCGGGAUGCUACAGGAAUGGAUAAUAACGUGACUCUCAGUGGCUUGAACUGCACGGACGCGGCCUGCAAGUUCGGCUACGACUUCUCUUCCUGCAGAUCUGGUUUUGAAGGAGGAAAGUCUACCUGCAAGUUCGGCCUUCACAAUGAUUUCCAGGUCAUGAGUGUAGUGUCCGGCGUCGGUCCUCUCAUCACGGCGGGCAUCUUCUCGGCCACCCUCUCCUCGGCCCUGGCGUCUCUCGUCAGCGCUCCUAAAGUCUUCCAGGCCUUAUGCAAAGACAACAUCUACCCUGGAAUUGCCAUUUUCGGGAAGGGCUACGGCAAGAACAACGAGCCCCUGCGAGGAUAUUUCCUCACUUUUGGCAUCGCCUUGGCCUUCAUUCUCAUUGCGGAGCUGAACGUCAUCGCCCCGAUCAUUUCCAAUUUCUUCCUGGCGUCGUACGCUCUCAUCAACUUCUCUGUGUUUCACGCGUCGCUGGCCAAUUCCCCCGGAUGGAGGCCCAGCUUCAAGUACUACAACAUGUGGGUGUCUCUUGCCGGGGCCAUCCUGUGUUGUGUGGUCAUGUUCAUCAUUAACUGGUGGGCGGCACUCCUGACCAACGUCAUCGUCCUGUCCCUCUACAUCUACGUCAGCUACAAGAAACCAGAUGUGAACUGGGGCUCGUCCACUCAGGCUCUGACGUAUCACCAGGCCCUGACCCACAGUCUGCAGCUGUGUGGAGUCGCUGACCACAUCAAGACCUACAGGCCACAGUGUUUGGUGAUGACCGGAGCUCCUAACUCACGUCCAGCUCUUCUUCAUCUGGUCCACGCCUUCACCAAGAACGUGGGUCUGAUGCUGUGUGGCCACGUGCGUGUGAGUUCCCGGCGGCCCAACUUCAAAGAGCUGAACAGUGAUAUGUUACGCUACCAAAGGUGGCUCCUUAACAAGAACUCCAAGGCGUUUUACACUCCUGUGGUGGCAGAAGACCUUCGCCAAGGAACCCAGUACCUGCUGCAGGCCGCUGGUUUGGGCAGACUGAGACCCAACACACUGGUGCUCGGCUUCAAAAACGACUGGCGCAUCGGAGACAUAAAGGAAGUCGAGACUUACAUCAACCUGAUCCACGAUGCGUUUGACUUCCAGUACGGCGUGGUCAUUCUCAGACUGCGGGAGGGACUGGAUAUCUCUCACAUUCAAGGCCAAGAUGACUCUUCGGCGAUGAAGGACGUGGUGGUUUCAGUGGACAUGAGCAAAGACUCGGAUGGAGACUCGUCCAAACCCUCCUCCAAGGCCACCAGUGUCCAGAACAGCCCGGCCGUCCAGAAAGAUGAGGAUGAGGAUGGCAGAGCCUACACUCGGCCGCUGCUGAAGAAAGAGAAGAGGAGUCCGACGGUUCCUCUGAAUAUGGCCGAGCAGCGGCUGUUGGACGCCAGUCAGCAGUUCCAGCAGAAGCAGGGGAAGGGCACCAUCGACGUCUGGUGGCUCUUUGAUGAUGGAGGCCUGACUCUGCUGAUACCCUAUCUGAUCGCCAACAAGAAGAAAUGGAAGGACUGUAAGAUUCGAGUCUUCAUUGGAGGCAAGAUCAACCGAAUCGACCACGACCGCAGAGCCAUGGCCACAUUGCUCAGCAAGUUCAGGAUCGAUUUCUCUGACAUCACGGUCCUGGGUGAUAUCAACACAAAGCCCAAGUCAGAGGGUUUGACAGAGUUCGCUCAGAUGAUCGAGCCAUAUAAGCUGAGAGAAGAUGAUAUGGAGCAGGAAGCUGCUGAGAAGCUGAAGAGCGAGGAGCCCUGGAGAAUCACAGACAAUGAGCUGGAGCUCUACAAAGCCAAGAGUAACCGUCAGGUCCGACUGAACGAGCUGUUGAAGGAGCACUCGAGCACAGCCAACCUCAUCGUCAUGAGCAUGCCGCUGGCCAGGAAAGGGGCCGUCUCCAGCGCUCUGUACAUGGCCUGGCUGGAAACACUAUCCAAAGACCUGCCGCCCAUCCUCUUGGUGCGCGGGAACCAUCAGAGCGUCCUCACCUUCUACUCGUAGAGCACUCUCAGACGAGCACAGCACCUCAGACUGAUGAUGAUGAUGAUGAUGAUGAUGAUGAUGAUGAUGAUGAUGAUAGACGUUUCUGGACAGAGCUGACCGGAGCGGACUCCUUCCACGCUGCCGCGGCGCUCCGCAGGAGAGAUUGGCGGUGUAUGUUGUCCUCAGCUCACAGGUUUCGAGCACAUGUUGUUACACUGAUUGUUGUUAUCAUUGUUAUCAUUACUAUGACUGUCACAACUUUUUGAGUUGUGGAAUUUAAUUUUUUUUUUCCUCUUUUUAAUUUGCUCUCGAUGAAGCAAUAAUCACCUCAUUUCUUAUUUUCUCACUUUGAAGAAAACACAUGAUUCUUUGCAACACUUUUUAUAGCCUUGUGGAUGUGCCUUCCUGUGCAAUCAGAUUAAAUUCUUACACUUUUU